AUGGUAUCACCACAGAUUUCCCCUUUUUUACACGAUAAAUAUCAAGCCGAGCGAGACAAGCGGCUAAACCGUAAUCAGGAUGGCUUGGAACAAUUUGUCUCCUUCGACAAAGAGCCUAAGCUUGACAGUGAUCCUUGGAUUGAUCAUGAAACUGUGGCCGCUAAUCAGCCCUUGGCUGAAGGCUCAGAAGUGAAGUUGCUCAUUGUUGGAGGCGGUCAUAGCGGUCUGCUGACAGCAGUGAGAGUCAUUGAGGAAGGAUUUGACUCCAAGGACGUGGUUAUUGUUGACAAAGCCGGGGGAUUUGGCGGAACAUGGUACUGGAAUAGAUACCUAGGCGUAGGAUGCGACAUUGAGAGCUAUUGUUACAUGCCUUUACUCGAAGAAAUAGGGUAUGUACCGAAGCAUAAAUAUGCCUAUGGAACUGAGAUUCGUGAACACGCGGCACGAAUAGCUAAGAAAUGGAAUAUCCAGGCACAAUUUGGCACCACGGUGGCAGGCAUGAGCUGGGAUGAAACAACACGGCGAUGGGUUGUCUCGAUACUCAGGAAUCAUAAGGACGGCCGAACAACAAGACUUCAGGUCAAGGCUCAGUUCGUCAUGCUAUCUUUUGGAAUAUUUCCGAUCCCUCGGUGGGAUUAUGAAUUGACUGGUGGAACUCAAGAGCAGCCAGACAUGUCAAAGCUGAAAGACAAGGUAGUAGGCAUAGUGGGUACUGGUGCUACUGCCGCAGAAAGAAGGAGCAAUUUCAACGCCAAUCUCUGUUUUGAAGGCGCUGAAAUCGAUUUGGUCAACGACGGCUGGACCCGGUCCACAUCCUUCUUUGGACUGUUGGGGAGUGCUUCCAAGACCAUCACCCAGGACAACUUUGAGGAGCAUCGACAGGAGAUGCUGAAACUCGAUCUUGAGAUCGGAGAAAAAGGCCGGGCCUAUAUUGCGAACGAAGUGCACGACCCAGUAACUGCAACAAAGCUCCUGCUAUGGUAUUACGGAUGGUGCAAAAGGCCAACAUUCUAUGAUGACUAUCUAUCUGUAUUUAAUUGGAAUAACGUCACGCUAGUCGACUUGGAUGGCAAAGGCUUGGAAAAAUGCACUCCAUUUGGGCCGGUUGCUAAUGGGGCCCCCUACAAUCUUGACGUGUUGGUCUUCGCCACUGGAUUCUUUACUGGGGUCUCUGGUGCCCCUGGGGCUUAUUGGCCAUUUUCCAUAAUCGGUCGCUAUGGUAAAUCACUCGAGACUAAGUUCCGAUCGAAGGAAUUUGCAAUACUACACGGUAUUAUGAUAAGCGAAUUUCCGAACCUUUUCGUGAUUAGCCCUAGGGGUAGUCCUGGCACUGCCAAUUUGACAUUAACUUUUGAUGUUGCUGCGAAACAUAUCGCAUAUAUUCUCCGCACAGCAUUUGGCAAAGUCGAAAAUUCUAACAAGCUUGUUGUUGAACCGUCAAAAGCGGCAGAAGAGGGUUGGGGCGGUGAGGUAGCCAGAAGAGCUGGCUGGUACUCGUUGGCUGGGCUAUGUACGCCUGGAUACAUGACAGGACACGACGACGCGAUGAAGAAGAUAACGCCUGAUGAAGCCAGAUCACAAGCGCGAGCAGCACCUUUUGGUGGAGGAGUCAAUGGUUAUCAGCGUAUCCUUGACAACUAUCACCAAUCUGGAGGGUUACCUGGAAUCGUCGUCAGCACUUAG